AUGAGACCCACUCUUUUUUCUGCAACGAUUUUCUUCUCAACAUUGGUGCUGACUUCGAUUGGAUUAUUUGCAGACAAUGCAACUCAAGCUCUAAAAUCACCCAACUCCACUGAUCCAAUCAUUCGAAUCAUCGACUUCUUGGAAAAGGAUAUCAAGAGAAAUCAAACAAAUCGAUUUGAUGCUCAAAAAUUGACAAAAUUGGAACAGUUCAGAGAGAAAUAUUUGGACUCAAAGAACUCGACGGCUAGAUCGAAAAUUUGCAACUUACUAAAGAGUCUUUGUGAUUCACUUUAUAAAACUGCU